UCAGCUGUGUGUGUGCAUCGCCUCCUCUUCAUUGACCUGCCUGCGAACUUUGGUUCGCUGCUGAUUGUUCUUUGUGAUAUUUGUGUUUUAAAAAUGGGCUCGCAGGCCACUUUAAACAGUCAAGUGCGAUUCGCAGAUUACUUCGUCAUUUGCGGACUUGAUCUCAACAGCGGACUCGAAUUGAACGUGAUAUCAGGUGAAUCUCAGCAACUGUGUUCUCCAAUUGAACGAUCUUACAAAUGCAAAGUUUUGGCACACUAUCCAGACAAUGUGUCGUGGAAUCCCUUCGACAAACACGCAGUUUGCUUGCUGAGUCUACCUCAUGGGCUGAAAUUCAGAACCCAGAAACAGAAUCUAGAGCCGGAGUUUCACAGUUUCAUAAUCACCAAAGAGGAUGGCUCUCGGUGCUAUGGAUUUAGUCUCGUCUUCUUUGAAGAAGUCUCAGACAGGAAAUUGUGCAGUGCAAUGCAAACCCUGCAGGCAAUGCACUUAACAGAGUUAUCCAGUAGUAGACACAGUGGUCGAAUGAAGGCUUUUAACAGUGACAACACGAGGUCAUUGCCCCGCCACUUUAAACUAUCAACUCCGCUUUCGAAGGCGGCUCAGAGCUAUUAUGACUCAGCGAAAGACACAUUGUAUGCCUCGAAGACCAUCAACUUGAUCUGUCAGCUGCCCUUUGUCCACGCAGCCAACAAGUUCCUAUCUGGUCUUUACCAGUACAGUGUUACAGGCGGUGAACUCAGUCUCGAGAGCUAUGUGUACAAUUUGGUGCAUCAAGUCCCUUUGCCACUGCCCGGCCGUUGCCUCACCUUUGAUUGCUUUGAGGAGCUCAUCCUGUUGCAGCGGCCGGGUAACAUCGCAGAGCUCCCUUUCUUCGACUUUUCCCUGAGGGCAUUUUUCGAGCUUCUAGGAGUAGACGUUGCCAUCCAGCUUUUCACUUGUCUUCUCCUAGAGCAUCAAGUACUGCUCUAUUCAUCAGUCUAUCAAAGGCUCAUGUUGGUUGCGGAGUGCUCGUCCACACUGCUCUUCCCAUUUUCUUGGCCUCAUGUUUAUGUUCCUAUUCUACCAGCUUCCCUCCACCACUUUUUGGACGCACCCGUCCCAUUUGUCAUGGGUCUCCAUCAAUCAACAUCCACUGUUCCAUACUCAACGGUGGACAACAACCAAGCAAUGUGCCAUGUUGAUAUUGACAAUAAGCGAAUACAGCUGCCAGAGGAGCUGCCGCACUUUCCUCAACGCUCUGAAUUCAUAAGUGAGGUAAUAGAAGUCAUGCAAAGGUACGGAGUUGAGCCGGACAAGUGCAGAACUGCGGGUGACAGACGAGGUGGUGGUUUAAGGCGGAAACUAUCAUGGUCUCAAGAAUCAGAGUCUGGACUUGUGUGCGUUGAAAAUGCUUUUAUGUCAAGCAGCCUCACUGGAUUCCUGCCAUCCCCAAGUGCAGGUGUGAUGGGGAUGAGCAGGAGUGACUCAGAAAGUAAUUCGUUGAUGGUUUUGGACUGUCAAGGCUCUCCUCAAGAGCAGUAUGCAGCAGAAUUGCGCUUCAACAACGCUAUCCGAGAGGUUUUUCUGAACAGAUUUGUUCACAUAUUCUCAGCCUAUGAGCACUUUGUCAUUCACCCCAACCAGGACAUGGAGCAGUGGCUGAAUUGCCGAGAGUCAAUGCAGAACUUUGAUAAAGCCACUUUUCUGUCGGACCAACCAGAACAGCAGUUGCCUUUCCUAUCUAGAUUUAUUGAAACCCAGAUGUUUGCCACAUUGAUUGACCAAAAAAUACUCUCUGCUUGGCAACCAGUAGAACCAUCACUUCGAGUGUUCGACAAACGGAUUAAACUUAUAAGGACCAAAUACGGAGACAGUUUAGUGAGAACUCCCUGCUAUGAACCUUGCACGACAAUAACAGACUCGGAGCUCAUGUUGGAGAAAAGGCUCUCAGGUGCUGACACGAUGGCACCCAUCCCAAUAGAGAUAUGCUCAAAUGCUUCAAAAAUAGUGCCAGGAUUGUUUCCCAUUCUCAAUAAAGAAGCAUUGAACAAAGAGCCUGCUCAUAGGAGCAGAAGGCGAAGUAGUGGCCAGUGGCGAGAGAGGUCCAUCCACUCUGCGGAAACGACUCCAACUUCUGAAGUGGCUCCGUCAUUCGCGGAGCCUCAACCUCCACAGAAUCAGGCACCUGUUUUGAACAAACAUACAAAGCAGCCAAAAUUCACUGAAAUGAGUCCUGCUGUCAUUGCACAAACUAACUGGAGCUUUGUAGAAAAAUUAUUAAAAGAUUGCAAGUUAAAGACGAAAAGAAUGUUGGUGGAGAAAAUGGGAUCAGAGGCUGUAGAGCUUGGCCAUGCUGAACCUAGCAUAAUGGGCGUGGAGGAAAACACUUUGGUUGCCAGCUUGUGCGACUUGCUGGAGAGAGUUUGGUCGCACGGACUCCACAAAAAGCAGGGAAAGUCAGCUCUGUGGUCACAUUUACUGAACUUCCAGGAACUUGAAGAAUGUAGCGACACGUCCAAACCAAUUAGUCCUAAUUUUCUCACUCCAGCCCUUGCAUGGUGCGUCUUAAGGAAAAGACUUGAUUAUUUGUCGUCCAUGGCCCUAGAACGAGAAGAGCCAACUUCAGGAGGGUCUCGCAGUGGUCGAAGCAGUGCACGCAGCAGUAGGAGCAACAGCAGGAGACAAUCGCCAGAAAGACGAGACCGAAGUAUUCAUGAAGCUACUCUUCGACCAUUGCCUGUUUCACUAACUUUUGACAUGAGAAAUGUCCUAGCCAUGACCGAUAUCAAAACUCACAUUGGCUAUGCACGAGCUUGGGUGCGUCUUGCUCUGGAGAAGAAACUUCUAUCUAAACACCUGAGAACUUUACUGAUGGACAACUCCCUGUUGAAAACACUGUACAAGCGAUAUGCAUUUUUGAGGUGUGAUGACGAGAAGGAGCAAUUCCUCUACCAUCUUUUAACAUUGAACGCUGUAGAUUACUAUUGCUACACAAAUACCUACACAACCACGAAAUUACCAUAUCGCAUUGUGAUAUUCCCAUCUCGAAAGUCUCCUCUCACCACAGCCAACAUUUGGGUCAGUGUUACUGGCACUUUGGGUGAAACUUCUCAGAUAGCAGUACCUCAUGGCUUUUUGGAAUUUGUUUUUCAUCACAAAAACUUGGGUUUGUUAACUUCCAUGAGAGUUGGCCAUGACAAUUACGGCGCCUCUCCGAAGUUUUUGAUUGAGCACAUAGUAGCCAGAAAUGAAGUCACUGGGCACACUUUCAAAUUUCCUUGUGGAAAGUGGCUGGGAAGAGGAAUGGACGAUGGUUCGAUUGAACGCCUCCUUGUAGGUGAAAUGGUGCCCAGGCAUGUUGACAGUGAUGAGCUGAUUGAGUCUUGUAUGACACCUCCCCGCUGCCGCAGUCCGAGCAUCCCUCGGAGAUCCGUGGAUCCAAAGUUGUCAACUUCAGAGAUGCAGCAAAUGCUCGGUGAGACUGUUAACACCAUAGUGAAACAUUUUCUCAGGCCACGGCGGUCUCAGGAUAAGGGGGGCUUGACUCAAAUUCUGUGUGGAGAAGGUGGACUAGUUCCCUGUUUAGAGCAAACAUUUUUGCUUGGAUUCAGAUCUGCACGUCUGUUUGGCAGAAACUUGUACCUGUGGGAUUUCUUUGCUCGAGUACGGGACCAAUUUGAAAUAAGCUUAGUGGAUGAGUCAAAUUCAUCAUGUUUGGAGGAAGAGCAAGAAGCAGCGUCAGCGGUCAUGAGACUAUACUGUCGUCUUGUGGAGGGAAUUGAAACUCAAGGAGAGAAUCUCGGCAAAGAGGGGAAGUUGCAACUCCUCAUUUGCUUAGCUGCAAGGGAUCAUCUGCUGCACAGGAUGAUACCACACAUUGCAGCCACCAGGGCGUGCUCGGAAAUGUUUGAUGAAAACUCAUUCCUUAGAGAUGCUAGUCUUUGUACGUUCCUCACUCAAAUCCUGGAAUCACUGGAUGAGUUUGAUUUUAUAUUAGAAAACUCGCUCACCAAAGGAUUGCAAUUAUAACAAGACUGUUCUUGAAGAACUUAACGUAGCUUGAAAGCUAUUUUUAAACGAGAUCUCAGAAAUGUUUAAGAAAUUCAGUCAUGAUUGUUUAGUACCAAAAUAAUAUUUAUCAAAUUAUUGAUGGAAAUCGUAGAAUAAUAAUAAAAAAGCUUUUAUUUAACACUAUUAAUUUCUUGCAAGUUCUU